AUGCUGGUCCAGGUUGUGGCUCUGCUGGCUCUGGGGUUGCUGGGCAGCUCAGCACCACUGCAGGAGGAGCGCUCCAGGACUUUGGUGGGAUUGAUCAUUCAAGAACUUCUCCAAGAUAUAAAGAAACUAAAUUUAAAUGCAGUUCCCAGCCUUGUAACUGUGAAUGCUACGGUGGAGAGAUGCAUGCACAGCCACCUGAAAACCUUUACCAGCACCUUAACAGCUCUUGACACUCACAGCAAAUUCAUUGCCAGAAAACUGACCAGACUUGACACCUACAGAAACAUCCUCCCCAAAAAGGAAACGCCUCGUCUGUUGAACGAGACUAAAUACUCACUAGUUGAUGAAAUGCUUUGUUUGCUUAAGGCUGAAAAUAGACGCAUACAAGAGAAAUUCUCCAUACCGGUCCACAUAAAGGAACGAAGCUGUGCACAUAAAACCACUGAAAUAUUUAUUCACGAACUAAAAAAGAUUCACAAAUGCCCAUGCAUGAGAAGAGUGGAGAAAGAUAUGGAAAAGCUAGAAAAAACCUGCAAUAUUUUGAAGAAAUCUUCAUUCAACAACAACAGCUGCUUAAAGAAGGCAAAUACUGGUUUCUCAAAAUUUAAAGAGAGUCUGGAAGAAUUCUUGAGAUGGGUCAAUGAGAAGCUGGACUGCAGGAAAGUUGGGAGAGGCGAGUUGGGUUUGUACCUGGAUGGCGAAUGCAGCUGCCCUGACUCCUGGAAAUCCCACCAAGGCUUGGGCUAG